AUGGCUCCAGGGUACAGAUUGGGCGUUGAUGUUGGAGGCACCUUCACUGAUGUCUGUGUCAUCACCCCUAACGGCGAGGCAGUACGCGUCAAAGUCCCUACAAACACGAGCGACCAGUCUAUCGGAGUGCAGGAAGGCGUAGAGCAAGUGCGCCGUAUCCUGCAAGACCAGUACAGCUGGAGCGGCAAGUUCGAGUACAUCCACCAUGGCACGACCACAGGGACAAAUGCUGUACUGGAGGGUAAGGGCGCAAAGGCUGGCUUGAUCGUCACCAAAGGGCACAAGGACAUCCUGACAGUACGGCGAAGUCAGAUUCCAGGCGGCCUGGGCGCGUGGAUCAACUAUGUCCAGCCAGAGCCACUCGUACCCCUAGAACGAACAGUCGAGGCGAAAGAGCGCAUUCAGAUUAACGGCGAGAUCUUCCACGAGCUGGAUGAGGCACACUUUCGCGAUAGUUUGCAGGAUUUGAAGCGUCAGGAGCCUCAGGCAAUCGCAGUGUCGCUGCUGAACUCUUUCAGCAACAAAGUGCACGAGGACAAGAUUCGCAGAAUAUUGCUGGACGAGUUCGGUUCGGACGUCGAGAUCGUCACAUCUACUGAUGUAUUACCCGAGAUUCAGGAGUAUGAACGGACAGUCACGACAGCAGCCAACGCCAUCGUCAAACCAGUCGUGAAGAAGUACAUGAAGAAUUUGCAGAAAAAACUGGAAAAAGAUACAGACACAUUACGUAUCCUCAAAUCAGACGGCGACCUGACGUCGGUCGACCUCGCAGGCGAGAUCCCGGUACACAUCCUUAUGAGCGGCCCAGCUGGUGGUGUCAAGGCUGUCUCGCAUCUAGUUGCGAAAGACACACCCUAUAAGAACCUCAUCACGUUCGACAUGGGAGGCACAAGUACGGAUUGUGCGCUUUUGUCUGGCAGCGAAGCCAUCAUUCGACGUGAGACAGAAGUCGGAUCACUAACAGUUCGAGCUCCAUCCGUAGACGUAAAGACCGUAGGUGCUGGUGGAGGAUCGAUAGCCAUCUAUAACGAGUUCUCCAAGAAUUUCCGUGUUGGUCCUGAAUCCAGUGGUGCCACUCCCGGCCCAGCAGCGUACGGGAAAGGGGGAACGCAAGCGACAGUGACCGACGCAAACCUGGUCUUGGGAUAUUUGCCCUCAAAGCUACUCGGUGGCAAAUUCGAACUUGAUGUCGCUGCAUCAAAUGCCGCCGUACAGUCAAUGGCAAAAAAAAUGGAUUUGGAUGUGCUAUCCACCGCUGAAGGUAUCAUUGAUUUAGUCAACGAGUCUAUGCAUGGCGCUCUCCGGCUUGUCUCUGUCGAACAAGGAUACGAUCCUCGCGAUUUCGCACUCGUUGCGCUUGGCGGAGCAGGUCCCAUGCAUGCAAACUCACUGGGUAAACUGCUGGGUUCCUGGCCAGUCAUUGUGCCGCCUAGCCCGGGCGUACUGUGCGCCCAAGGCGAUGCUAUCACAAAGAUGUCCCACGAGCAAAGCUGCACGUACAUCAAGAUCUUUUCUGACAUCAAGGCCGAGGAUCUUACAAGGACACUAGGUAAUUUGAAGAGCGACUGCGUACAAACAAUGAAGGAGUCGCUCGCAGAUGAGCACGCCGCUCUCAGAAUCGUAUACCAAUCUGACAUGCGGUACAAGGGUCAAGCGAUGACACUCACAGUGAACUUUAGCGAAGAGGAUGCACGAGACACCACCCACCUCUUAGAACAUCUGCGCAACAAAUUCAAUGAAGCGCACGAACAUCAGUUUGCCUUCUCGCACGCCAAUGUUGAGCUUGAGACCAUGCGACUGCGAGUCAGGGUCAUUGAUGCGUCCGAGGAAGUCGCUAUUAAGCCAAUCGAGAAAGCCAACAACACCACACCGCCUAGAGAUGCCAUAAUGACGCGACAAAUGAUCGUUUACGAAGGCAAGAAGAUUGAAGCUACAUUUUGGGACCGGACGAAGAUUACCAAAGCUGGCAUCAAGAUUGCUGGACCAGCUGUUGUAACUGAGAUGGACUCGAAUACCCUGAUCCUUCCCGGACACACUGGCGAAAUCGACUUAAUGGGCAAUAUUCUCAUAUGGCCGGAGACUAGAAGAGCCCCAGACAAGACAGUACAUACAAAGGAGUCAGCAGCAAGGCUGGUACAGCAGCAGCCACUCCUACCCACCCUUAUUGGCUCGGCGCUCGGCUCGAUAAGACGGGAGAUGGAUACCCUCAUGCUGCGAUGUGCGAUGAGUCCGGCCAUCCGAGAACAGCAAGAUGAAUUCAACGUAAUCACCAACACGCGAGGGCAGAUGCUCGCUGGCCAGUUUGGUAGCUUCAUUCAGCAAUUCUUGGACGGCUGGUCGGGCACGGUUGAGGAAGGUGAUAUCUUCGUUACAAAUGAUGUUUACCAGAUCGAUGGCGCGGUAUCACAUCUGAACGAUGUUAUCAUAUUACUCCCCAUCCAUUUUGAACACAGACUCGUUGGCUGGGCCGCUAAUUUUGGUCAUCUGACUGAUGUGCAAGGCAAGGUACCUGGAUCCAUGAGUAUCAACGCCAGCACCAUAUACGAGGACGGGCUGCAGAUACCCAUCGUCAAGCUCUACGCAAAGGGCGAAUACAACGAAGCUCUAGCGGCGGUAUUGUUCCGAAACUCACGCAUGCCAAACUGGUUUCAAAGCGAUUUGACAGCACUGGUGACAGCAUGUAGAACCGCAGCUACGCGCGUCAACGAGCUUUGCGAACGAUACGGUGUCGAAGUCUAUGAAGCGGCGACAGACUACCUUCUUGAGCAAAACAGGCUUGCGAUCAAGAAGAUCAUCGAUACCAAGAUCAGCCCCGAGAAGUCGAGUUUCACAGACUUCAUUGACGAUGACGGCCAAGGUAUCGGCCCUUACGCAAUCUCAUGCUCCAUGCAGAAAGAAGGAGACAAGCUGGUCUUUGACUGGGAUGGCACAUCACCACAAUCGAAUACGUCCAUGAACUUCUACCUCUCGAAGACCAUGUUCAAAAUUUUCAUUGGCUACUACCUCCUCGCCAUCUAUGACCCACACGUUGUCGUCAACGAUGGCUUUCACGAUCUCCUUGACAUUCGGAUACCUACCGGCACGAUCCUCCGUCCUGUUCGUCCUGCAGCAGUAAGCUGCCGGACACAUCUGCUAGGCCGCGUCAUGGACGUCAUGCAAGCGCUUUUUGGCCAACGUAACCCCGCCUACCGCUGCGCAGCAGGCUUCUCCGACUCACCACACCUCUUCUAUUCCGGCUUCAAGCCGACCGGGGAGUUUUACCUGCUCUACCAGAUCGGAUUUGGAGGUGUCCCUGCACGACCGAUCGGUGACGGUCCAGACUGCCACUGCCUGUUCCCAGCCAUCAAAUCGAUCCCUGCUGAGAACAUUGAGCUUUACUUCCCCGUCGUUAUCGAAGCCAACGAGGCGCUCUUAGAUUCUGGAGGCCCGGGGUAUUACAGGGGAGGUAACGCACAGCGCACGCUGUACCGAUGGUUGUGUGAAGGCGAUGUCAGUAUCCACGAUGACAGAUGGAUGGUGAAGCCAUGGGGCGUUAAUGGUGGUAAACCUGGCAGCAGGAGCAAGAAAAUCAUCUACAGGAACAACAGCUACGGCACCUCUGCCGAAAAAGACAACACGGAGCUGGUGCAGAGUAAGAUGGACCACUUGCGUGUUCAUCCAGGUGACGUUCUCGAAUGGAUCACUUGGGGCGGCGGUGGCCUCGGCGACCCCCUGACGCGCCCGCCUUCCAUUGUAGCACAAGAAGUCCAUCGCCGUCUUGUCUCUUUCGCUGGCGCAGCAAACAACUACGGUGUUGUCGUAAACCGCGAUUUCUCUGUCAACGAGGCUGCUACCGCCGACCUGCGCCAGCGCAUGCAUGAGCAGCGUACGAGUGAAGAGAGGGUAAAGAAGCAACUAAACGGCACGAAGCAAGGGGACGACAAUGUGGGAUAUGAUCGUGGGGGAACGAUGACUGAGUUAGUGGAGAGGUGUAAAGAGGAUACUGGGCUUGAGCCGCCGAGGCCGCAAUGGGAGAGGGAUCCAUAUGGACCGCAUACAGGGUUGCCGUAUGUGAAGGAAUGGUACAAGAGGAUGAGAACAGAGGGACUGCGAGUCUGGGAUCGUGUCUAA